GCAUCCUUCACUCAGUCCAUGUUUGGUCCUCCGUCGGACAGCCGUCUCACACCGAAAGCAAACGCCACCGAGAGAAUUACCGCACACGUGCUGUGAUAGUCAGUGCCCAGUGUCUAACCAGUCAGGAUGUUGUUUCUGGCGCCGCGCAAGCAUCUAUUUGCCACCAAUUUGAUAAUAUUCCUCAUGAUUUAUAUCAUGCGCAAGUGCCUGCAGUUGUUCUGCAUCAUCGAGAACAAGGCGUGCCAGCAGCCCGACUGCCGCUGCGAGCCCGGCCAAACGGAUUGCCAGGACUCGCCAGUGAUGGAGCGACGCGGCGGAUUCAAGCUCAUACCGGAUGCCAUGAGGAAGACCAUGCACAGCUUUGGCUAUGGCGAGGGCCACUAUCAGAUCUUCGUGGAGAAGAAGGAGCGCAAUUUGCCAACCAAAUCGCGCCUCAAUGCGGCCAACGCUGAACUCAAGCUGAAUCCCAAUUAGGCGGUCCAGCUUGACAGCCAGCAAAACAGCUCAAGGAGCCCACAAAAUGUGCCAACUACAACAGCAACAACAACAAUAAUAGCAAUAUCCAACUACAACAAUAACAAACUACAACAACAACAACAAAAUUUGUCCAAUGUCUUCUGCCAUAAAUAUGUCUUAAUUAAUUAUAA